AUGAAAAAAUGGAAGAAGGAAACGAAAAAAGCUUUGGCUCAACUGAAUACAUAUACAGAAGAUGUCCGGAGAAAUCUGGAUGCAACGAUUGACUGGUUACAUGAGCAUGCUUGUUGUCGAUCAUAUGGUUUGGGUUCAAGAUUGCCAUGGGAUCCGCAGUACCUCAUUGAAUCACUUUCUGAUUCAACAAUAUACAAUGCAUACUAUACGGUGGCACAUCUUUUGCAAGGUGGUGCCAUUGAUGGAAGCAUCAUCGGUCCUGCUGGAAUCAAAGCAUCGGAUAUGGUUGCCGACUGUUGGGAUUAUAUAUUCUUAAAUAAGCCUUACAAUGACAAAACAAUGCCGGUCCAAGAGUCGCAAUUAGCUAUGUGCAGAAAAGAAUUUCGUUAUUGGUAUCCGGUUGAUAUGCGUGCUUCCGGUAAGGAUCUUCUUCAGAACCACCUUACUUAUUACUUAUUCAAUCACGUUGCCAUCUGGAAAGAUCAACCCGAGUUGUGGCCUAGGAGCAUACGAGCAAACGGACAUCUGUUGUUAAAUAAUGAGAAAAUGUCCAAACAAACAGGCAAUUUCUUGACUCUUAGCGAGACUGUGGCAAUGUUCUCUGCCGAUGGAAUGCGUAUUUCUUUGGCGGAUGCAGGGGAUUACGUGGAAGAUGCGAAUUUUGUCUACGAUAUGGCUGAUGCAGCAGUACUGCGUUUGUACAAUCUCCUUGUGUGGUCACGUGAAAUGGUUGCUUUACGGGAACAUGAUGGUUUACGUAACGGACAGAAAUUCACUUUUGCUGACCAGGUUUUCAACAAUGAAAUGAACAGUGCAAUUCAAAAAACAUUCAAUAGCUAUAGACAAACUCUUUUCAAAGAAGCUUUAAAACAUGGAUUCUUUGAAUAUCAGAGUUAUCGUGACAAAUAUCGCGAGCACUGUGGAGGUGAUACGGGAAUGCAUGCUGAUAUGGUUUUCAAGUGGAUUGAAACACAAGCAAUUAUUCUUUCGCCAAUUUGUCCUCACGUAUCUGAACAAAUAUGGCAGAUUUUGGGGAAGGAUGGCUUUAUUGUAUGCGCAAAAUGGCCCGUUACCCCACCUGCUGAUGAUCUGAUGACGAAAAAAGCCCAGUUCAUGGAUGAUACAAUCAGGGAUUUCCGAUUGCGUUUGAAAAACUACAUGAAUUUGAAACGAAAAAAAGGCAAGGAUACAAAUCCACCGUCUGAGGCAAUGAUAUAUUUUGCAGAAGAGUAUCCAACUUGGCAAAGGGAAGUGUUUGGCUUAUUGAAUCAGUGUUAUCAGGAAGGCAAUGAUGAGUUACCGGAUAACAAGGAGAUAUCUCGUCGCUUAGGUGCAAUAGAGAGUUUGAAGAAGUUUAUGAAAAAAACGAUGCCUUUUGUUCAACUGAUACGUGAGAACUUAGCAGUGCACGGAGAAUCAGCGCUGGAUAUUGCUUGUCGAUUUAAUCAGAAAGAAGUUCUGGAGCAGAAUUUGGAUUACAUAUUAUCAACUUUGGAUCUAGAAAAAGUUAUCAUUACUGAUGUAAAAGAAGUAGUUCCAGCAAAUGUGGUCGAAAUGGCUUAUCCUGGAAAACCGAUCAUAAUGUAUAAAGAACAAGAACCUGGUACUACUAUUAUGCUUCGGAACGUGGAGCCUUGCUCUGGUCUAUUUGAUAUCGAAAUUCCAAUUAUAAAUGAUGAUACUGUAGCAGUCAUUAUUCGUCGUUUAAAGAGGCUUUUGACGGGUAUUAAGCCCAGGCAAGCUAUUUCUUUAUGGCGAUAUUUGGAUCCUUUGGGUGGUGAUAGGAAGUUGAUAGGAUUAAAAAAUCCUUUGGAAAACAAUGAACGCAUCCCUGAUUCUGCACGGUUCAAGGCAGAUAUACAAACUGGAAAAAUUUAUCUACAAAAUAACGGCAAUACAUUUUAUUUGGGCGGCACGAUAGUAUAUAAAAGCUCUAGUUGAUCUGUAUAUUUUUUAUUGUGUCGAGAAUGGUACAUUAUCUUGCAUUUGGUUAUUCACUCGAAUAAGCUGUUUGUUAUGGUACUUUUUUUGUGAAGAAGGAUGAAAGAGGUUACUGUUAAUCUUCAACUUGUGAUCUUGUUGUUACUGUUGUUUCUUGGUACUCUGCACUCUGUUUUUUGAUGUUACUAUUUUAUCAUUUUAUUUUUCUUACUUUUUAGUCAUUGAGUUUUUACAUAUGUUCAUUUCCCUUACUUACCUUUCAGUCACUUCACAGCUGUAGAGUAUUUUUUCCCAAGCAGCUGCAGAUUUUGGUUUUUUGUUGCUUCUUUU